AUGAAAUUUCGUAAACGCUGGUCAGGCAGAAUUUUGAUUUACUCGGCUGUAGCUACACUCUGUUUUGCUGCCAAUCAUUUAUUUCUGGAUAAGACAAAUUUGCGUGCUAUUACGCCUUUGUCGGUGAACCGAACUGUUGAGUUACUCACACCUACUUCAACCCCACCAGCUCAGAUAUCGACUCGAGCAUUUUCUGCUUCUUGCCGACCAUACUCUGUAAUUGACAAUCGAUCAUUUUUUGAGCGUGAACCACCACAGGUGCAUCUACCUCGACUUGCAUCGAAAUCUUAUCGUUAUCAUCUUUUGAAAACUCUUCGUUCAUUUCGACUAGUUGCUGUUGCUUGUGCAUACAAUGUCGAAAAAGAGAUCCCAAAGUUUCGUUCGUAUGUGGAACGAAUUAUUCAUGUAUUUCAUUCGUCAUCACGCAUUCUCAUCUUUGAAAGCGAUUCGACCGAUGAUACACUCGCUACUCUCCGAAAAUGGUCUAGUGCCCAAAUCUAUACAGGAGGCCGUCUGGAACCAACUAUUCCAGCUCGCAGCGAACGUAUCGCAUAUUGCCGCAAUAUACUUCUCGAGAAAGCUCGCAUGCUAGAGCCCGAUUAUCUUCUGACCCUCGAUUUGGAUAUAUUUGCUGCAAAACUUUCAGCAUUUUUGACAAAUUUUGAUUAUGAGACGGAAGACUGGUCUGUAAUGACAGGUAAUGUAGUCCGCGACUAUUACGAUAUUUGGGCACUGCGUACACUGUCUGAUUUGAAUCUUAACUACGACGUAUGGGAACGAGUGCAAGUACUAAUGCGUGCCCCGUCAAAUUAUUGCGGGCAAUCGGUUAUUGAUCAAGUAGUUGGCAUCCAUCAAAAGCAUAUACCUAUUUCCCGUGGCCUGUUAGAAGUGCGUUCAGCAUUUUCAGGCGCCGCUUUGUACAAAAUGAAUUCAACUAAAAAUUGUUGGUACUCUGGGGCGAAUGCGACGAGUGAACAUGUGCCUUUUCACUUAUGCAUCCGUGAAAAGAACGGAGCUCGAAUAUUUAUCAAUCCAAAGUUUCGUAUUUGUCUUCGUCAUCCUUAA